UCUAGAUAGCCUGUGGAGACAGCCGUCCAGCGCCAUCAAUUACAGAUGGGUUCCACCGAACCAAAGAGCGGACUCAACGUAUCAGGUUUCCUUUGUUCGCUGUCCAGAGCAUGUGCGUCAGUGCAGCUACAUGGAGGUUGUUGUCUAACGUAGGCCUCAGCCAUUGGUCAACGCUCACGCAUUCGACAGUUAUUCGCUGGCUUUGCUCAAUACCUUCCAAUCUGUUGAGCAAUAGCGACUCUCUGGGCUUUCCUUUAUCAAUUGAGCCAUGGAGAGGUGCCGGAAUGCAGAGUUCAGAGGCCAAAUGGCAGAAUAGCUGGCUGAAGAUUUACCACUUUGGUACCAUGCGGGGACAACUUUCGAGUUCGAGAAAGGUUGGGCUUGAAGCACGGACAGUCCGAAGCAUAGUGCAUCAGCGCACUUUUCCUCAACGGCUUUAGCUCCUUCCACAAGGUAUCCACAAAAAUCUUCGGGAUCUUAGUAGUUGGUGAGCUGCGUGGAAUGACUGGAUACCCUUUGGCUUCCUGGAACAGCAGCCAAGCGCAG